UAGACGUGUCGUUUAGUGCGAGAAUGUUACAUGCUGAAGAUCUGACGUGUACUCACCGUCGUAGCCGUUUCAGAAUGGAAAACCGCUCUGCGCGUCUUCCGUAGUCACUACUGUGUUAAGUCCUCGACCAGUUGCAUCAGACAAGUUCGAUUCCGUUGACUCUCCUUUCCAGUUGUGUUCAUAAUCGCUUCACUUGUGCAUCUACAUGUACUUUCGAAAUUCUAAAUAGAAAAAAAAGUGUGAUAUUGCGCCUCACAUUGCGCGGACAUAAAGUCAAAAAGAGAAAGGGGGAAUUUGUCCUUCAAUUUGUCGUGACACUUAAACUCCGAACAUGUCACUGUUCGCCUGUUGCGUCCGUCAGAACAAUCGAGCGGCGGAGGAGGCGCGUCAGCAGAUGCUAGCGAAAGAUCCGCCGGAGAUCUCAUGGGAGAACACGCUGGGCUCGCCUCACGGUGUGCCCUUUGACGACGACACAAAGGAACUGCUGAGGAAGUGUCUCGACGUCUCCGUGCCGCCACCGACCAGCGUCGCGGAGCUAAUCAGACGAAGCAAUGCGUUCCCCGUGAAGUUUCCAAUUAACACUGUAAGAUGCACCGCUUUGAGGGACAGAGGAAUCAGCUCGGAUACUAUCGAGUUGAACGCAAAUUCGGUAUAUCCGCUGAUACACGAAGCGAUGUUGCCCCUGAUUGCUCGAUGGCUGAAACAUAAGCGAUUGUACGGUAGCGCUGUUGAGAAAGUCACGUAUGCGGACAUGGGCCUCGUUCAAUUUAUCCAUCGCCUGCUGGAUAAAAGGGCAGCUUCCUUCUGCGGUCAUGCAGAUCGAUGGAAAUUACUCGAUAACAAAAGUGGUUUCGAUGGCUGGGAAAGUAUCGGUACCGAUCACGAGGAGGAACCGUUGGUCCUAACGAAAUACUUGAGCUACGACGAGAUCAAAUUGUCGGCAAUGAUGGUGAUGUCGUCUCACACGGAGUUCAUAAACGACGGCUCGCGAAACAAUAGAGGUAUCGUGAGCAGUGACCCAGACGCCGUCCAACCCAGAGGGGUUAUUAUGGGUGUCGUAGGCACAAGAUUCCAGAGGCCCCGAUGCAUGGAGUACCAGGACAUCGUCAUCACGCCGCAGCAGAACAAUAUGAAUAACGGGUACGGAUCCGCGUUGGAUGGCACUUUCGAGGAGAAGCGCGGGCUGCGUGUUUUAUGGGCCAAAUUUUAUGGCGAGGACUAUCAUCCGCUCUACGAAGAAACCACGAAGCGGAUGAAGUCAAAAGAAAACAGGCGAUACAUAUCUUUAGGCAAUCAGACGAUCUUCGAUAUCGAGAAUUACAUGAAGAGAACUCUGCUGUCCGUAGAAAUAGUACUACUCGAAGCGAACAGCCGCGCCGAAAAGCACAACACAACCGCUUUCUUGCACGUGGUUGGCUUUGGCCUCGGUGUCUGGAAAAUACUUCAGGAUCAGGAAGUCUACUUCCUGAAAACGUUCGAAAUCGCCAUCAGGAAGAUGAACAAGAAGCUCAAGUACGUUUCCGACAUCAUGUUCGCUUACUUCCGGCAGCAGAAAUGCGGCGGCGCGGGAAAUGGCGAUUAUCUCGGCGAUAUAAAAAUACAUUUUGCUCUGAGAGAACCACACAGCAGACUGGUCCGAGCCAAUGACGCGAGUAAACUCCUCGUUGUAACUUACGCCUGGGAUGGAAAUACGCUACCAGGGAAUGAAUUCUGGGUGGGGAGUCUGGAAACCAGCGGUGAUCCAGCGGCUGCGUGCAGCACCCAAGUAACCGAGCUGCAUAAUUCCAAGAUCAAUCCACGCGCGUGCGGCGCCAGCUUGCACGUCGCGUCCGCGGAGCAUGGAAUCCUGCACAUAUCGGAUUACGCGAAGCUCCACCUUACUUAGGUAACCCCCGAUAAGCGCCCCCCUUAUCGACGCUGGUCUUCCUUGCUGAAUGAAGUUCGAUUUUGUGAUCACAUAUUUAUGAACAAUUGUGGACAGAAAAGUUGUCCGACGUUUUAUGAUGAAUUUCGAAAAUACAGUCUAUGCGAGAGAUUAUGGCUUCAGCUCGAGGAUAUGUUUAGUGACGCAUUAUUAGAGCAAAUGAUGUACGAAUAUCCAUGGAACGAUAGAAACGAGUAUUCCGAAAAAUUGUAAAAAGUCGGACAACCUUUCUGACCACGACCGAACAAUGUUGCGCCGUUGUAUUGUCAAUGCGGCAGCACGCAUCUUUAUUUAAUCGAGAGAAAAUCUCUUUUCUUUUCUUAUCUUUGUAUUCACUGGUAGAAGUAAUAGAAUUGUUGAUAAUAUACUGCAUGUACUUACCAGGAAAUAUUCGAUUAUCGAAAAAAUUGAACUAUUCGACGAAAAGAAA